AUGAAUACAAUGAUACGUGUUGUACUUAUUCUAACUAAAGUAAUAGUCAUUAUAAUGUGUUUUAAUCAUAUCGAUGGUAAAUCAACUGGAUGCUUCAAUCAAGAAUAUUCACCAUUAUGUUUUUGUCGUUCAUCAUAUCGGCGUUCUAUAAUAACUGAUCUAUUUCUUGCUAAAGUAUCUCUUUCUCAAUGUGAUAAUUCUCUCUCUAUUUCUCAAUGUCAUCAAAGUGAAUUUUAUCCACCUUCAUUUGAUCUUACUCAACUCAUACCAUCACUCAUCAAUCUUUCACAUUGUCUCGAACAUAUACAUUGUCUUCAUAAACUACGUUCUAUGCAACGUUGCCAACAAUGUCAAUUAACACCAUCAUUAUCAACACAUAAUAAUUCCUAUUCUAUUCCUGAAACGAUGAAUAAUCUUUCAACUGAUGUGUGUUUUUAUCUAUGUCAACAUGAUACAUCAUGUGGUUUUCUUUGUCUUAGUCGAAAUGUAAUAAUGUCAAUUAAUUGUCAUAUAUGUCAAGGACGAAUACAAAAUGUUACUUGUCGUUGCAUUAAAAGUAAACAAUCACAGACAUGUCUUCAAUCAUCCUAUGAAAAUACAACAAAUCGUUGGAUGCAAAAACGUGGUUUUCCAGCUGCUGGUAUCCUUGCUACACUUGUCUUAGCUGUUAUAUUACUAGUCAUUGCAAUUAAACUUAUCUAUCAUCAAUUGGAUAUAGCCGAAAGACGUCAAAGUAGAUGUAUUCAUAAUUUAAUACUUCAAAAAUAA